AUGGCAGAUCCAUUUACACUUUCUACGGCAGAUCAACCGGUUUAUUCCUCGUCACUCAACAACUCACUGGAAAAAACUACCACUCUUGGGUUGCGCCAUGAAGAAAGCCCUAAAUGCCAAGAUAAAGCUUGGAUUUAUCAGCGGCACAAUUCCAAGCAAGGCCAGAUCCAGCUGCAGAUCCAGAUCAAUUUGAAAAUUGAUUCUGCUGAGGAACUUUGGCAUGAUCUCAAAGAAAGGUUCGAACAUGGUAAUGGACCUAGAAUUUUUGAGCUAAAAAGGGAACUCAUGAACCUAAAGCAAGAUGCCAUGACUGUGUCUCAGUAUUUCACCAGGAUCAAAAUGCUGUGGGAAGAGCUCAGUUCCUAUCAUCUAGUGCCGUGUAAUUGCGGUGAUGCCCGCUUAAUGCACGACUUUUUUCAAUCUGAAUACGUACACUUUUUUCUCAUGGGUCUUGAUGAAUCUUUUACGCAAAUUCGUGCUCAAAUUCUGCUUAUGAAAUCCAUACCAGCCAUCAACAAGGUUCUCUCUCUUGUAGUUCAAGAAGAGAGGCACAGGAUAAUUGGCGCUUCCUCCUCCUCAAAUUAG